ACUAAUGUCGCAUGUACUUGUCCGGCUUUACAGGAAACAACAAACCUUUAGCAUUCUGCUAUAUAUAUAGCCUUCAUCUCGCAUUCUGUUGUAUACCUAGUUUGUUGCAGAACGCUGCACGAAAUGGAGGCUAUCGAAAUCGAAGAAAUUCCCGACUCUCUUCAGGACGCGACGGUAUCGUAUCCUGCGCCCGAACUUCAGGCAACCGUACACACCAAUGUGGCAAUCGUUGAGGUGGGAGAGGUGUCACGGUCGCCUGCCGGUCGUGCAGCAUCUCUCGACUCUGCUGCUGCACAAGACGUCGACCAGGCCAAGAAUCCCAGAGCCGUUCCCGCUUUAGAACGCAAUGCCACCGUUCUCUUCGACGCGUCGUGGACAAAGAAAGCAAAAGAGCCGCAACAGGAUGUGCACGUGAACAAAUUGGAGCGACAAAUGUCUCGACCGUCUACAGCCGUCUCACUCUCUUGGUCUAAUCUCAAGGUGGUGGCACCCGGUGCAGGUCCUUCCCUAAAGGAGCGGCUGCAAGGGAUUUCUGAUCGAAAACCCGACAAAGUGAUCUUGAAGAAUGUGAGUGGUAUUGCAAUGCCUGGGCAGCUCGUUGCCAUUAUGGGCGCAAGUGGAGCUGGAAAGUCCACGUUCUUGAAUGUGUUGUCGAAUCAAAAUACAAGUCGAUUGAAAGUGACUGGGAGCGUGAGGCUUAAUGGAAGAGAGGCUUUUGGAUCAGAUGUUGGUCAUCUGUCUGCUUACGUGCAACAGGAAGACAUCUUCUUUGGCACGUUGACAGUUAGGGAGCAUUUGAAGUUCCAAGCCAUCAUGAGAAUGGAAGGGUGGAUGAGUAAGAAACAGAAAUUGGAACGUGUUGAACAAGUCUUGUUUGAAAUGGGACUUAAGAAGUGCGAAAACACAAUAAUUGGAAUACCAGGAAAAAUCAAGGGCAUUUCAGGAGGAGAAAAAAAGCGUCUCUCGUUUGCUUCUGAGAUCUUGACCAACCCAGCGUUAAUGUUUCUGGAUGAACCAACAUCCGGUCUUGAUUCGUUCAUGGCCGAAGCUGUUGUCUCAUUGCUUCACAAAGUUGCCGCAUCUGGCCGCACAAUCCUCUGCACAAUCCACCAGCCGUCAUCCGAGGUGUUUGCACUCUUUGAUCAUAUUCUGUUGUUGGCCGAAGGCCAGACAGCUUAUCUCGGACCAACAAGCAAAACACCUCAAUUCUUAGCCGACAACGGUUAUCCAUGUCCAGAAAACUACAACCCAGCAGACUUCUAUGUGCACACUCUUGCUAUCAUUCCUGGAAAAGAGCAGCAAUGCAAAGAGCAAGUGGCCGCUAUUUGUGAUGCAUUCGACAAAUGUGAUCUCGGAGACGAAGUCCGAGCAGCCAUUAAAGAAGAAGAAUACAAAGAGAAUCAAGAAGAAUUAGCCCAACAUGAUGGACUUCAUAUCUCACACAUUCGCCAUCAUGACAAACGAGAUUACAAUGCUUCAUUCUUCACUCAGUUGAGGUACGUUACAUGGCGAGCUUGGCUGGCAAACACUCGAGAUCCAACAGCAACGAGAGUCAGAUUUGGACAGACUGUCGUAUUUGCAUUUCUUAUUGGUUUGAUGUAUCUUCAAGCGGAUCUUGACGAAUCAGCAAUACAAAACCUUUCUGGAGCCAUGACAUUCACACUCAUACAGGCAUCUGUCGGCAACUUGUUUGCUGUACUGCAGAUAAUACCUCUGGAAAUGCCAGUUUUCCUUCGAGAACACCUCACUCGUCUGUACAUGACACCCGUUUAUUUCUUAGCAAGAGCUAUGGCUGAUAUUCCAUUUAUCAUUGGUUUAUCAUUCAUUUUCUCCACCAUAAUUUACUUUAUGAUCGGUCUUCGUGAUGGAGCUGACCAUUUCUUUGCAUUUUAUGGAGUCGUUCUGAUUGUUAGUCUGGUGGCACUUGCAGUUGGCUAUUGUGCUUCUGCCGCUGCUCCCACCGUAUCAGUAGCUCUUGCACUUGGCCCUGUCACAUUCAUUCCUUUUCUUCUGUUCGGCGGUUUCUUUCAAAGAGCUGACACCGUGAAAGACUACCUGGUUUGGUUAAAGUUUCUCUCUUGGUUCUAUUACGGAUUCGAACUGCUGAUGGUAAACCAGUGGUCAGGACUGCAUCUCGAUACCUUCAAUACCACAACUGGAAAUUGCACUGUAACAGAGUCUUCACUGUCAUUUUGCACAGGUGAUGGGGCCUUGGACUUCUUCGGACUCGACGCUGAUAAUGUUAGAAGAGAUAUCGGGCUUCUCUUCGUACUCUUCUUUGCUGCUAGUUCAUUAGCAUUCACAAUCUUGACCAUCCGAGUAAGGAGAAGUGAGAAAUGAACAUGAACAGAUCAAAUCCUCAUCCAUAACUAUGCUCAUACAACAGCAUUUUAUCACAAAAUUCUUCAAGUUAUAUUAGUUGUGAAUUGAUCCAUAUUUUAUGAUUUUUGUCGUUUCACACAUCUGUUCAUGUUAGUUUCAGAUUUAAAGUAUAAUACAAUUGAUUGAUCAGGCAUGAAGAAAAACAAA